UCAGUCGCAUUCUAUCCUCCGUGGAAGCGAGUUCUAGAGGCUCUUCCUCCGGCUUUCUCGUGUGCUUCAAUAGUGACUCUCCUCGAGUGAACGUGUUCUGGACACCCGGUGUCUCCUCCUGUGCUGUGUCCAGACAUUUAGUCGCCUAUCGGUUUCUCUGCUAAAAAGAAUGCUAAUUGGUAUUUUUGGUACCAUGGGGGUGUAAAGAAAAGUGCAUAUCGGUGUUGAAUAUUCAAAAAAGAAACGGUAGAUAACUGAAGAAUUCUCUGUAAGAAGUUUUUGGUGUGGAGUGAAGACUUGAACAUGCAUAUCAGACAGUGUUUAAUUGUGCUGGCAAUUGUUGUGACGAGUGUGCAGAAAUGCAGGGCAAUACCAUCGGACAUCUACAUGAAGAUGUUCGCGGUACAACCACCACCUGACCCAUGCUAUGAUGAGAAACGUCCCAGGCGGUGUGUGCCGGAUUUUGUGAAUGCCGCCUUUGGGACACCUAUGAUUGCGUCCAGCACGUGCGGUCAGCGAGGUCCUUCGCGAUACUGUGAACUCAGUGAACCACUUAAUCCAGUAUCCAGCAACAGUGCAACUCCCUCUGGAACCACUACAACAUGCCAAAUCUGCGAUGAUACCAUUCCCAAGCGUCGAUUCCCACCGUCCGCCCUGACAGACCUCAACAACCCUAAUAAUCUCACCUGCUGGCGCUCAGAAUCUCUCCCACCUACAGUUCCUGGACAACUGGACAAUGUUACCCUUACGCUGUCCCUUGGAAAAAAAUAUGAAUUGACCUAUAUCAGUCUGCAAUUCUGCCCAAGAUCUGUAAAACCUGAUUCCAUGGCGAUCUAUAAGAGUUCAGAUUAUGGCAUUACUUGGCAACCCUUCCAGUUCUACAGUUCUCAGUGCAGGAAAAUCUACGGCCGACCCAAUAGGGCUACUAUUACUAAGGCUAAUGAACAAGAAGCCAGGUGCACCGACGCACAUCGUCAUUCUGGAGACAGUGUAGGGAAUCAAGGUGCUAGGAUCGCCUUUAGUAUUUUAGAAGGCCGACCCUCAGCUUCAGACUAUGAAUCUUCUCCAGUUCUUCAAGACUGGGCAACAGCUACGGAUGUCCGUGUAAUCUUCAAUCGCAUACAGAUGCAACAGGACACAAUGGAUGAAUUGCUCCUAAUUGGGCCACAGCAGACCAGCAAGUUUAGGGAUGAUCUGCAUGGAGCCAAUGCCAUAGAAAGUAUUACGGCAUCUACGUCAGCGGCAACUAGCAUUGCAACGCAUCACUACGCGGUGUCUGAUUUUGCCGUAGGCGGACGGUGCAAGUGCAAUGGACAUGCCUCCAAGUGUCUUCCCAUGGGUCGCGAUGGACAAUUGACCUGUGACUGCAAGCACAAUACCAUGGGCCGAGAUUGUGAGCGGUGCAAACCCUUCUACUACGACAGACCUUGGAGCAGAGCAACACAGCGUGAUGCCAAUGAGUGCAAAGAAUGCAACUGCAAUGGCCAUUCCAGACGGUGUCGCUUCAACAUGGAACUGUUCAAGUUGUCAGGACGCACUUCCGGGGGGGUCUGCAUCAACUGUCGACACGCGACCACUGGCCGUCACUGUCACUACUGCAAGGAGGGCUUCUACAGGGAUCCCACAAAACCACUAAAUCAUCGAAAAGUGUGCAAACCGUGCGACUGCCAUCCAGUUGGAUCCUCCGGAAGGACUUGCAAUCAUACAUCCGGACAGUGUCCCUGCAAGGACGGAGUUACGGGACUGAGUUGUAACCGAUGCGCCAAAGGAUACCAACAGAGUCGUUCCCACAUUGCACCGUGUGUCAAAAUUGUCCCUCGAAUAAGUGUUAUCCAGCCACAGAUAGCUCAAGAACCUCAGUACGAUCAAGAUGUAUCCGCCUACCGAAAGAGCAGCGACGAUGAGGAGGAAACAGAUUGUGGAAAAUGCAAAAUAGCCACAAAGCACCUGACAAAGAAGAAGUUCUGCAGGAGGGAUUACGCAAUUAUGGCCAAAGUGGCGGGUAGAGAUGUGGUGAAGGACAAGGAGGGCAAUUCGGAGGACAUGAUUCAGUUCAAUCUGAUGGUUCAGGCAGUCUAUAAGAAGUCUGCAGGAACGAGCCUGCUGGCUGGAGUUAUUCCCGGACUGAGAAGGGCAACAGUUCCACUCAUCGUGCCAAUGAGAGACUUCGAGUGUAGAUGUCCAAAGCUCAAGAUCAAUAAGACUUACCUAAUCUUGGGGAAAGAUACAGAGAAUCCUCCAGGUGCUCUGGGAGUGGGUCCCAGGUCGAUAAUCAUCGAAUGGCGAGACGAUUGGCACAGGCGAAUGCGACGGUUUCAGAGACGCUCUCGAGACGACUGUGACUAGAAAUUUGUAGUUUUUUACUAGACAACAACAAAAAAAAUGGAAUAAGAAUGUGUGAAUUAAGAAAGAAAAAUCCAGAACGAGAGAAAGCUGAGAUUGUGAAAGAGUAAACCUCAAAAGCUCUCUGGAGACUUUUAACCCAUUAAAUGCGAAUGUUAUUUUCUACCUUCACCAGCAAAAUUAAUCGUGAAUCCCCAGAUGAAAAGGAAUAUCGAAAGCAAUUAAUUGAAUAUCAUUAACAACUACAAAAUUAAUAUAGCUAUUUCUAUACUCAUUAUUGAAUUACAUGCAUUGAUUGUAAUUAAUUUAUUGAUGAAGGGAUGAAAAACUACAAAUUGUUUAUAGCCAUUCUACCAUGUAAGUAUUUUAUUUGUCACUCUCCAUUAAUGCCUAGGGAUUUAUUACUUUGUAAUUAGUUAAUUUAUUAAGAGAUGUAAGAAUAAAAAGCAAAUGAUGAAAUAUUCCUAAAAUGCAGAAAAUGAGUUUCAGUCCCAAAAGUUGCCAUAAUUUCAUCUUAAAAGCUUUCAUAUAAGUAAUUCUUAGGACAAGAAUUUCAUUUUGUAAACUAUUUUUUUUCCAUACCUCUCAAAUUUUCUUUUCACUGCUUUUUUGUACGACAAAUGCAAGAAAAGGAAAUCAAAUGUAAAUAUUUUCACUAUGUUAAUUUUUUUUCUUAUUGAAAGAAAAAGUGGUAAUUCUGCAAAUUUAAAGUAAUAGCGCUUAGAUAUCACUGUAAUUGUAAUAAUUUAAUAAACAUUAAUGACUGUGUGUGACUGCUUUGGUGUUAAAUGGAAAAAGAAAAAUCCUGGAAGAUGGUUUCCUAACCAUCCUUCAGUCUCUUUCUCCCACAAUUUUUCACUGCAAUUAACCCCCUGCCCGAGAAAAAGUCCUCUUUAUCAAAAUUAAUCACAUUGUAUCUCUAAUAAAUAACGGCAAAAAAGAAAAUUAGUAUUUAGUGAAAAGGAAUAUGUGUAUAUUUAAAAUUAUAAUCAUGUACAAUUUAAAUGAAAAUUAAUGUAUUGACGAGACAAGCAGAAAAGAGGCGUAAGCAGAAAAUUAAAUUUCUUAUCACUCUAGGAUACCCAUCAGCAUUUUUCAUAUCUCUAUUUGGAAUUUAACGUCUACAAUUGAUGCACAAACAACUUUAGGUAUUCAUUUCUUUUGCAAGAAAUUGAGAAGUAAAUCAAAUAUAGCAAAAGAUCUAAAAAAAAAAUCAACCCAGACCACAAAGAAAUCCAUAAUAUCAAAUUCAAUUAUCAUAUCAACGAUAUUAUCAAUUCUAAAAACAGUUUUCGAAAUAAUUUUACUUUUUGGUACCUAAUACGAUAAGGCGCAGGAUAAUUUUAAGAAUAAUUCUCCCCAUAUCGGACGGAUAGAACCCGCCCAGUUUCAUUAUUCAAUCCUGUAGUUCCUUGGCCAAAGGACAAAAGGAUGAAUUGCAGAGUUUCAAGAAUGCAUUUAAAAUAGAGAUUAAAUAAAAACACAUUUAGAGGAUAAACAGACAGAGGAGACACACAGAAUUGAGAGAAGAACCAUAUAAAUUUAGUGAAUGUUGUAAAGAAAUCAGCGAAAUGAUGCGAGUGAGAAAUAUUGAUAGAAGAGAAGAAGAAAUAAAAAUCACAAUAAAAUGAAUUAAAUAACAAUUUCA